GCGGCCCGGGAAGUGUUGGGCGUUCCGUGCUUCAGGGGCGAACGUGGAGGUGGUAGAGGGGUAUCCACUUGGCUAUCGUUUGAAGGGGCUGUGGGAAACCCUGCGCGAGGGCUUUAAGAACUCUGGGUCCUGCCUUCGCGCCGAGGAGGCCUCGUUCCUGAGUUCAGGUCUGACCCGGAUAAGCCCCAGGAUAUUUUUGCCAUCCUUUCUUUCCAUGAUGUGAUGAUUAUUCAGGCCAGGAAGAAUAAGAUCUUGUCUUUCAGCCCAGGCUCACUAUAUGUGACAAAUGCUGCUUGCUGCAAUUUUUCUUGAAGAUUAAUUAGUUACACCAGAUAUGCUGCUGUUCUUUACUUUGGGAUUGCUUGUACAUUUUGUGUUCUUUGCCUCCAUCUUUGACAUUUAUUUUACAUCUCCUUUGGUUCAUGGAAUGACUCCUCAGUUUACACCAUUGCCACCUCCAGCAAGAAGAUUAGUGCUGUUUGUUGCUGAUGGCCUUCGAGCAGAUUCACUUUAUGAAUUAGAUGAAAAUGGAAAUUCAAGAGCACCAUUUAUUAGGAGUAUCAUAAUGCAUGAGGGCAGCUGGGGUAUAUCUCAUACACGUGUGCCAACAGAAUCUCGGCCGGGUCAUGUAGCCAUGAUAGCUGGGUUUUAUGAAGAUGUCAGUGCAGUUGCCAAAGGAUGGAAGGAAAAUCCUGUAGAAUUUGAUUCUCUUUUUAAUGAAAGCAAGUACACAUGGAGCUGGGGAAGCCCAGAUAUUUUACCUAUGUUUGCCAAAGGUGCUAGUGGAGACCAUGUUUAUACUUACAGCUAUGAUGCUGAAAGAGAGGAUUUUGGUGCUGAUGAUGCAACAAAACUGGAUACAUGGGUUUUUGAUAAAGUUAAGGACUUCUUUCAUGCUGCCAGAAACAAUCAAUCUUUGUUUUCUAAAGUAAAUGAAGAAAAGGUAGUUUUUUUCUUACAUUUAUUAGGACUUGAUACAAAUGGACAUGCCCACCGACCAUCAUCAAGGGAGUAUAAAGACAACAUUAAAAUAGUUGAUGAUAGAGUAAAAGAAAUUGUCUCCAUGUUUCAACAUUUUUAUGGAAAUGAUGGAAAAACAGCAUUUAUUUUUACCUCUGACCAUGGAAUGACAGACUGGGGUUCCCAUGGGGCUGGUCAUCCUUCAGAGACUUUGACUCCUUUAGUCACUUGGGGAGCUGGAAUCAAGUAUCCCCAAAAAGUAUCAGCUCAACAAUUUGAGGAUGAGUUUUUGAAAGAAUGGAGACUGGAGUCCUGGAAGAGGCAAGAUGUCAAUCAGGCUGAUAUUGCACCAUUGAUGGCUUCUCUUAUUGGAGUUCCCUUUCCCCUUAAUUCAGUGGGAAUCCUUCCUGUGGAAUAUCUUAAUAAUACUGAUCUCUUCAAAGCAGAAAGCAUGUUUACAAAUGCAGUACAGAUUCUUGAACAGUUCAAGGUGAAAAUGACUCAGAAAAAAGAAGCUACUUUACCAUUUUUGUUUACACCAUUUAAGUUGCUCUCUGAUUCUAAACAGGUAGACAUUUUAAGAAAAGCAAGAUUGUACAUAAAACAGGGAAAGUUUGAUGAAGCGGUUUCCCUUUGCACAGAACUGAUUCAUCUUGCAUUAAAAGGAUUGUCCUAUUAUCACACUUAUGACAGAUUCUUCUUGGGCAUCAGUGUUGCUAUUGGUUUUGUGGGUUGGACUUCUUAUGUUUCUUUGCUGAUCAUCAAGUCUCAUUCCAACCUAACAAGAAGUAUUAGUAAAGAAGUUAAGAAAGCAAGCCAUCUCCUGCCAUGUAGUUUUGUAGCUAUUGGCAUUUUAGUAACAUUCUUCCUGCUGAUUCAAGCCUGUCCCUGGACUUACUAUGUAUAUUGUUUGUUGCCAGUGCCAAUAUGGUAUGCAGUUCUAAAAGAAUUUCAAGUUAUUCAAGACCUUGUUGCAUCACUAUUGACCUUUCCUCUGAGCCAUUUUGUUGGGCACCUGUUAAUCUGUACCUUGGGAAUUGAAGUAUUAGUUCUCAGUUUUUUCUACCGCUAUAUGCUUACAGCUGGACUUGUUAUAUUUGCGGGCUGGCCAUUUCUCACUCAGCUGUGGAUGCGAGCAAAGGUCACCUCCUUGAGUUGGACUUUCUUCUCUUUGCUCCUGGCAGUGUUCCCACUGAUGCCUGUUGUAGGUCGAAAGCCAGAUCUCUCUUUGGUAAUGAGUGCAGGCUUGCUGGUUCUUCUACUAUCCCUGUUUGUUAUAACAUCUCUCAUCAAAAGAAAAAAUAGUUUUAUCAAGGAAGAGUUAUUGGUACAUCUAUUACAGAUGCUGAGCACAGUGCUUUCCAUGUAUGUUGUGUAUAGUACCCACAAUAGUCUACUCAAGAAACAAGGACUGCCUCUUAUGAAUCAGGUUGUGAGCUGGGCAAUAUUGGCCUCUUCCUUGGUGGUGCCACUGCUGAGUUCUCCAGUUCUCUUUCAGCGAUUGAAUAGCAUACUUCUUUCCUUGAUGUCAACCUACUUGCUCCUAAGCACAGGGUAUGAAGCUCUCUUUCCAUUAGUGUUAUCAUGUUUGAUGUUCAUCUGGAUACAUAUGGAACAAGAAACCCUACAACAAUCUGGUGUUUGCUGUAAACAAAAGCUCACAAGUAUCCAGUUCUCCUAUAAUACUGAUAUAAUUCAGUUUCGACAUCUCUGUCUGGAUGACAUCCGUAGAGCUUUUUUCCUUGUUUUCUUUUUAGUGACAGCAUUUUUUGGAACUGGAAAUAUAGCCUCUAUUAACAGCUUUGAUCUUGCCUCUGUCUAUUGCUUUCUGACUGUAUUUAGUCCUUUCAUGAUGGGAUCCCUGAUGAUGUGGAAGAUUCUAAUUCCUUUUGUUCUUGUCAUGUGUGCUUUUGAAGCAGUUCAGUUAACUACACAGUUAUCAUCAAAAAGCCUUUUUCUCAUUGUCCUGGUGAUAUCAGACAUUAUGGCUUUGCAUUUUUUUUUCCUGGUUAAGGACUAUGGCAGCUGGCUUGAUAUUGGAACAAGCAGCUGGCAACCACCAUUCUACUUUCUGCUUCUGUGAAGUUGACUACUGUAACUCCUCCUAUUGAGCAUCUUUUCAUAUGCCUGUUGGACAUCUGUAUAUCUUCUUUAGGGAAAUGUCUACACAAGUCACUUUCUCAUUUUCAGUUUGGGUUAGUUGUUUUUUGUUGUUAAGUUGUAGGAAUUUGUUAUAUAUUCUGGAUAUUAACUCCUUAUCAGAUAUAUUAUUUGCAAAUGUUUCCUUCCAUUCUGUAGUUGACUUUUUACUCAUUUAUUGUAUUCUUUGAUUCACAAGUUUUUCAUUUUGAUGUACAAUUUAUUAAUUUUGCUUUUGUUACGUGUGUUUGCUUGAUACAUUUUUUAAAAGAGCUGUUGCAAAACUUGCAUUUAACAUCUAGCAUGACAUUCUUCCUGGCAUGUGUGUGACACUUCCACCCUAUUCCUUGCAUUCUUUUAUGUAGUCAUCAUGGAAAUAAAACAUUCAUCAGAGCAUAAAAUAUAGCAAAAAGAGAAAAUACAAGGCAUAAAAUAGUGAGCACCAUCCAAACCAAGUGAAACAGAAUGGCAUAUUAGCACAUGUAGACUGAAAAUGUUUUGAUGACCCUCCUCUCUGCAGUACUAGUCAUAAACAUGGAUGUUAACUCCAUGUUUUAGUAUUCUAAGUAAAUUAUAUAUACACAUUAAAAUAUUCCAUAGUUAACUAAUGGCAUACAGAGCACAAUAUGCUAUCAAAGUAUCUUAUGUGUGUAUGUUCUUUUUUUUAUUAAAUAAUGGUAACUGCACUAUACAUAUGGUGAUCAUAUUCCCUGGUUUACCUAGGAUGGCCUUGUCUAUACAAUAUUAAAGGCCCAAAGUGGAUGGGAAGAGGAUAAAGGGCAAGCCUGUUAAUGGUAUAGCCUAGUUUAUCUUAUUCUCAGUGCUUCAUCCUUAGUGCUUUAUCCUCAGGGAUCUAACUCCCAGAUCUAACUUCCAGAUUAAAAAGUAAAACACCAUAUAAUAGGGUUCACAUGUCAAAAUCUCAUUAUCAUAUCAUAUCAUAGGUGCUUGUUCUCAAAAACUUCUUGAAGGCAGAUACAGUAAAGAACCACAGAUCACAGUUCUGUUCAUCAGGGUAAGGGCUUUGGACUAAACUAUAUAAAUUAUUCUAUUGAAAUAUCUCCCAGUUCUAUUUUUCUUCUUAUUGUAUCAUCCAAAAAAUGCCCAAUUUAAGAGAAUGUGAUUGAAGGGACAAAAUGAAAUCCGAGUUAGGGAAAUUAGGCUUUCUAAGUGGCAUUGUCCCUGAAAAAUGCUACAAUGUGAGGGUUUUGUUUGGUUUUGGUUUUGUUUCCCCUACUCUUGUUGGUGGUGGAUCUUUAUUUUUAUUUGGUGCUAAGAAUCAAACCCAGUGCCUCACACAUGCUAAGCAAGUGCUGUACCACUGAGCCACAACCCCAGCCCUCCCCCCUGCUCUUGUUGGCAAGUUAGAAUCCUAAAAUCUUUCCUUUUUACCCUGUACACCAUUAAUAGCAUAUAGUGCCUCAGUGAACCACGUGGUGUUGGUCUAAUGGCAGGAGCGGUUCAUGCAUUUUCAUAAACAUCUAAUUUAUUGCCAGGAAAAGGCUUGGGUAGUGGGGGAAGAUAUACUUCCAGAUUAAAAAGUAAAACACCAGUUAAUAGGGUUCACAUGUCAGAAUUUCAUUAUCAUACUUUUUCUGCUUUUUAUUUGUGAGACUGUUGCUUUUAAGAUUUGGGGUUUCUAAUUAUUCCUAAGUGAAAGUAUAUUUGAAAAGCAGAGAUUUUUCUUGUCUUGCUCCCGUUAUUAUUAAACUUACUGGUGGUGUUCCCUUAGUGGGAACCAAGGUUAUUUGAGAUGUGUUCCUGCAGUGGUUUCCCUUCGUGACAUUUUAUUUUCAAGCUCCUUUUUGUUAGUAAUAUAGUUAAUAACUGCAGCCAUUUCAUGCCUGUUAUUCAUAGGAAUAGAAUGCUGUCCUUUUUUCCUCAGUAUUGUAUUGUGUUAUGAAUACUGAAGUGGUGAGAAUCUAUCCCAGAAUUUUAGAGAGGAGUUGGAGCCCUGUGAAUGCAGCCUGGCAUGUGUCUGGAAUGUUUAUAGAGUUGUUGAAAUGACUGCAGUAGAUUUCCAAUGCUUUUGAGAGAUUCUUCAGCUUUUAAUUUUUGGUUAAUCAGUAAGUAGUACUUUCUUUAACAAUAAAGACACCUUACCAGGACAUGAGACAAUGUAUCCAUUUAUAGGUAUAGUACUCUCUGUUUACAGUGCAUCUUCAGAGCAGAUUUUUUCCAAAAUUUAAUUGGGACUCUGAAGAGAAUACACUGCAGUCCAUAUAUUCAGCUGAAGCCCCAGGUUAAGUGCAGCCUUCCUCUGGAGAACCUGUGCCAUCCAGGUAUUCAUUUAACAACCAUGUGAAAAAUAUCCUGCCCAGGCCAUAAAGUUGUGUUCAGCUGACAGAGCUAAUUUAGUAUUUUCUUCUUUUGAGCUUUACACUUUAUCUUCAUUUAUUGCAGGUCAUAAACUUUACAGAGUAUUGCCUUUUAUAUGGCAUACUGAAAGUGCAUUUUUAAAACUAGAGAAAAAAUUCCUGUGAGGUAAUAUUCACAACUAUAAAAAUCUACAUUUAAAUUUACGCUCUAAAUGUGUUUGUAGUGAGGUGAAUAGAGUCAGGAUCAUCAGUUUGAUUGAGCUGCAGUUUGAUUUGAUAGCAGUGUUCAUUUGGUCUUUAAUUGUUUCCUACAUGCUCUAUUGUUAUAUCUUAUUAAAAUACAAAUGACAGCUAAAGUAUUUAUCAUUUCUCUUUAGAUAUAAUGAAAAUUCAUGAUUCUGUUUGAUUAUUCUUGAAUGUCCUAAAUAUAAUUAAUAAGUGAACAAUGAAGUGUCUUUGUUCUUUGAAUAAAUAUCAAGCUAUAUUCAAA